GCCGUAUCGGCAAGAGAAACUGGAGAUGGAGCAGCUAGUCUAAAGGCCGUCAAGUCAUUUCCCCAACCCCCUUCUCUCCCUACCGCUCCCUCCGUUACCUUUUCAGCUGUACGCCCCAAAUCUUUCUUUCAUUCUCUUGCACCUUCUACUCCAUAUUCGUCUCUGUCAAAUUAUAUGUCUCCAAACAAUUCGACUGACUCAGAAGAUCACACGCUGCCGACGGCAAAUCGCACUCAGAUGUAUGUGUUCGCCUACGCUUCUCCAUCGGAUUCUUGGACUCGCCUCCUCGGAGUCUACUCUGGCGCCGAGCUUGUCUACUUCUUUGGGCUGCCCAGGCUCGCCGAGUACAAGACCCCCGAAGAGCUGAUUCUUGAGUGGCCGCGGGACUUGGGCCUGGAACCCCCUUCAUCUGCGGUAGAAGCACCGCCCCAAAUGUCCUCCACUAAUUCUUCUCGGCAAGCACCAGAAUCGAGGUCAAGUCCAUCAGGGCACAGGUCCAUCUAUUCCGAAAUGGACAUCAAAAUGACCGAUCUUAUGCUCUCACUAAUCGUCAACUUUGCACGAAGUGGCAACGCUACUCCUCAAGUGAUUUACAACGUCACUUGGGACACUUAUCGGCCUGACAACCGCACUUACUUAUGGCUCAACUUGACUCAGGAUGUUCCAAAACUAUCGAACCUAUCGGUUGGCUUUCUGGAGUCAGCUUUACCCUCGGCUGUUGGCCAGGUGGCCGAUGUUCACGACAUUGGGACCAACCCCGGCCUACUUGGAGACUUAUCGGCAAGCCAGCUUCUCGAUGGCCAGCGCACUGGGCAUCUGUUUACUUGUACUAGUUGCUCUGCUUUGGGUCUACACACGUCGACUUAA